CCACGAACAUCGUGAACACCGCAGCCACUGCCAACCGCAGGAACCACAGCCAAAGAGAGCCAGCCACCAGCAUCCAGACCAUGCCGAUCGCACAUCAGUUCAGGGCGUUCGCGAGCAGCUCCAACCUGCUCCUCGUCACCAACAUCGUCACCGUCUCUUCCAUGGGCAUCUUUGCCGGUUCAGCCCUCAACUACAAUACUAUCAUCAUGCCCUCACUCCGCAGGUUUGCCUCGGCCUCGUCGCUCUCCGUCUGGGCUGAAAUGUAUCUUCUCGCCAGACCUAUCCAUAUCACAAACAUCGUGAUCAGUGCGAUCGGAGGUUCGACAUUGUACUACCACACCAGGAAUCCUUAUUAUCUCGCCGGAGCUGCCAUGAUGGCUCUCAUUGCACCUUACACGACAACGCUACUUUACCCGAUCAACAACAAGCUGCUGGAUGUCCGCAAACACGGUCGGGAUGACCUUGAGGUCGAGGAGAUGCUAAUCCAAUGGGACGCCAUUCAUUUCGGCAGGACGUUGCUGAGCUAUGGAGCCAUGGUUGUUACACUCUACGCAGCAUUGCGUGGGCCCCGGACUCGAAUUGUCUUGUAGAAAUAAAUGCCCUCGAAGAGGUGUACGGAAAAAUAAAGAUGAGGUUUGGCAGAUUCGGAAAGGAGAUAUCGAUGGACCGUGAGAAACGAUUA